GUCAAUUCGUUUGUUAUUCUGUGGUCAUAACCGCUAAAGGAUCUACUCUUGGCGUGUUGUAGAGUCACACGAGUGGCAGAUGUCGCUGCUCCUAGGAAACCAGGGCCUGGGCCACGCCGGACGCCCGUCAACAUCGGCAAAUGUGAAGCUGCAGCCAAGGCUCCGUGCCAUCAGGGCGCGAGUCCAGCAAACCGGACGGCGCGUCGAGCAUCGGGUCGUCUUUGCACAGGCAGCGCACGACACGGCAGUCACGCAGCCGAGUACAUCGAGCGCAGCUAAAGGGCUGCCCAAAUCAUCGGUCUGGGAGAUCGACUUCUGUUCUCGCCCGCUGCUGGAUGAGCGCGGAAAGAAGGUUUGGGAGCUGCUGAUUUGCGACCCUGAGCGCAAUUUUGAGUACUCUGAGUACUUUCCGAACAGCAAGAUCAACAGCGCAGAGCUCAAGCGCACCAUCGAGCGGAUUCUUGCCCAGGCCGGUGCUGAGCGGCCAGAGAAGGCCCGGUUCUUCAGGAGUCAAAUGCAAACCAUCAUCACCAAGGCGCUGACGGACUGCCAAAUCAAGGCCGUCCCCAGCCGCCGCUGCUUCACUGUCAUGUCUUGGAUCAACGAGCGGCUAGAGUCGGUGUACAAGCAGGACCCGCGCUUUAGCGACAAGGCGCAGUCGCUGUUCCAGCUGGACCUGGGGCCACCGGAGGCUCUCCCCGACGCCCUCCGUGGCGAGCAGUGGGCAUUCGUGCAGCUGCCUCUGGGCACUCUCCUCCAGAUGCUCAAGCGCGUGGAUGACGCCGAGAUCUUCGGCAGCGGCUUCACUCUGGGCACGGUGGGGCUGGCGGACCUGCCCGCCGACAUCCUCAUUCCCGGCGUCGUGGUAUUCAGCCGCCGCGCGCUGCCGCUGGCUGCUUGGACCAACGGUCUGGAGAUCGCGGCGGUGAAGGCGGACGUGGCGCGCUCGUGCCUCAUCCUGGAGACGGGCGUUAACCAGCGGUGGAAGUACGGCAGCUGGCGGCCGAACGAGGACUCGAUCGGCGAGGCGGAGGGCUGGGAGAUCGCCAAGCAGGGCGUCAAGGGCGUCCACUUCCUGGCGGUGCAGCCGGACCCCGACUCGGAAGAGCUGAACGGGCUGUGGCUGCUGCAGGACUGCGAGCCCCCGACCAUCUAGACGCCCCCCCCCGUGAUGCAGUGUGCGGCAUGCGCUGUACUGGUGUGCCCGCGCAGCAUUGGGUGCCUGCCAGUGCUGUGGCGCGGGCCCGAGGCACGUCCCUUUCGGGGACGUGCCUCGAAAGGGACGGCGGGCGAGCGCAUCCAGAGCAGCGGCAGGGAGCGCGCAGGCGGCGGAAGUGAGAACCCUGGGGGAUUGCAGCGGGACGGGUCCAUGGCGCCCCGGCGCUUGUAGUACCCGGUAUUUUAGUGAACGCCGGAAACCAGCGCCUGUGGAGUCGGCUACUGCAGUUCCGGUUGCACCAGCCGUAGACCUGCCAGGAAGGCCGGGCGAUAUGGGUGUCCUUGGCCCCUGUCACGGCUGAAGUGUUCUACGCGAAGAGAGAAUGUAAGAGUGUGGCCUGGACGAGAGUCUUGAGUUUUGACUUUUGACCCGAGCGGUACGGUGUCUGCUGCAUAAUGUGUGCCUUCAUUGCAGAGAGCUGAGAUAGGUUGUGCUUGCAGCGGUACUAGAGGUCAAGUGCUUUGGUGAGCUCGACAUUGAACGUUUCAUACAGUGGCAGUUAGGGAUGACGCUUUUUGCUUGCCGUGCGCAAGUGACACGAGGGCGGGAGGGUGACGUAACAGGCGUGCUGAUCGGCCGCCCAUUGACUUGGAAGGUGUGUUAGCUUCAGACUCGUAUGAUUUGCACCGAGGCCGUUGUUGCGACAUCAGCUGCACCCAACACCGCCGGCACAUGUUUUAUGUUUCUGUGCUGUAGCGCCGUUUUGCGGUGUCUGGUUGUGGUGUUUACGAAGCUUCUCUGCAUGGGUGGAUUUCACAAGGGCUGUGUGUUCAGGGUUGGGUGCCACAGUACAACCCGAACAAGUGCGCCGCCGAGCUAUAGAGUGCUUUGAAGUAAGGAAGUAAGGCUGCCCGCAAAAGUUGAUAAGAUGGUGCCCGCAAGGUUUGGAAGACGGUGCCCGCAAGGUUCGGAAGACGGUGCCCGCAAGCUUCGGUGUGCGAGGCGAGGCAGCUAUGCGUGCGCCAUCCGGCCAGGCGCUCCGCAUGGCCUUGCACGCGGUACCCUUUCACAAGGCUGUAGGGGGGAUAGAGCACGACAGGUCGUGAUGUUGAAUUAAUGGAACGGGAGGACGAACGGCCUCCGUUUCCUGAACGAUGUGGCGGCACGCGACCGCAAGGAGGUGUAACCCGCUCAUCCU